CACUAUCAACCACACACACCCGCCAUGGCAGACACACUCGCACAGCACGCCCCGGCCAUUAAGGUCGGCGGACGAAGGCUCUCGGUAACCGCCAGACCGCCCAAGCCUGUUGCUGCUCCCGUUGAAACGCACACCGCGGGCUCGGACACUCCAGUCGACUACCCUCGUCCCGCUCCCCCGGGAGAGCAGCAACAACUGCACAAGGACGAAGAGGAAGUGCCCAAGAAGAAGCAGGGCAACGGCGGCGACGAACACGAGCGCCGGAUCCAGGAGAGCCUCUACCGUAAGGCGGAGCACAACCGGCCUACGAGGGAGUUCAAGGGGAAUCCCAAGACCGCAGGCGCGAGGAUCAGCCAACCCGCAGGCAAGAGCCUGGCGAUGUGAUUUACGCUUGGCCAAUACUUGCGAAGUUUCUUGUUGUCGAUUGUAUGAGUAGGACGUUACCGUGCAUCUGUAUCAAUAGCUGUAAUAUAUCCAACACCUCGACGCUGGGCC